AUGUUGCAGAGGCGGCAACUCUCCUACGCUUUGCUUCCGAAUAAACCGAGUUGCGCCGUGAGCGCUGCACUUCGGAGGAAGUUUUUAGACCAGAAGAGCAGCGAUUUACUCUUUAUUUUCAAGUUCCAACCUACACUUUGCAAACGAGGUGGCCUAGACGGCGGGUCCAGCAGUUCUACGCAACCGUCCAAAUUCCUCUGUGGCAAACGAACCCAGUUUUAUGCUCCCAGGUGUAGUGGGAAAAUUAAAACUGAGUUUGACUUUGAUAGAUACACGUAUUAUAGUAAAGGUUAUUUGUCACUAGAAUCAUUGUUAAGUGAUGCCUUCAAAGGGAAGGGAUUUCAGAAAAUAAAUGAAAUGGUACAAGAAAAGGACAAUUAUCUUCCUCAGAAGUAUAACAAGCAAUUAUUAAAUCAACUUGACAAAGUCCUAAAAAAGGAAUUAGACAAAAAUGAAUUUUCAAAUGUUUCCCUGCUGUUGAAAUGCAUUCAGCUAUACUGUAGAAGUGAUCCUCAAGAAGGUAUAAAUCUGCUUCUUCAGCAAGGAUUGAUAUCAAAGAUGGUUACUUGGUUUGAAAGGACAAGAGAAUUUCUGAGCUUGAUAGAACCCAAAGACAGCAAAUACUUGGUGAAUCUUGUUGAGGACUUCUUUGACACAGCCUUGAUUAUUGGCAAAAGCAGCACUGAAGGAAGAAAGCAGUUGCUUGAGUCCUUCAUACCAUACCUGGGACAUUUAGCAACAGAAUCUAAUGUGAACUGUGCCCUUCGACAGGAGGCUCUGAGAACAUUAAAUACACUGUUGGCUAAUGUCACCCGUGAGGAAAAAAAGACAUUUGCUGUAUCUGAAGAGAUGUGCUUGCUUACGAAGGAACUUGCAAAAACUAUUCAGGAUGUUGGUGACUAUGACACUCAGAUUGCUGUUGUUGAAGCCCUGUUUAGGCUGAUGUUGAAAAAAUGGCGAGAUGAUUUGGUUCACAGUUGGUCUGAAGAUCAGUAUCUUGCUAAGGCUUUCAGAGAAAUCAAGGAUAGAGACUUUGAGACAGAUAGCAGGAAGUUUCUUAAUGAACUAAAUGAAAGACUUGGUGAUAAAAGAAGGGUCUGUUCGAUUCCGUGUAAAGCUGCUCAUGCUGACCUGGUUGAGUUAAAGAAACCUGCUGAUGACAAACUAGAAGAGUUUUGGAUUGACUUCAAUUAUGGAAGUGAGAGUAUUACAUUCUAUUUAGAGAGCCCAGAGGGCAUACUUUGGGAGUCAGUGAGAUUGCUAAAGGAAGACAUCAGCAGUUUUUACCUACAAGAGGAAGGAGGAGAAAAGAUUCUUAAAAUGCUCAUGAGAACCUCUACUGUGAUCAACAAAACAGAAGUCACAAAGAUCAGAAUUCAUUUUGAUAGCCGGUUUGAUAUUUCAGCACCACUCCUUAAAGCUAUGGGAAAAGAUAAAAUGGUAACAUUGGAUAAAGAUGAGAAUGCCAACCUUGGGGAUUACCAAGAGCAAACUGCAACAGUAAACGGUCAGCUGGAGAGGAAAGAAGAUCUUGAAUGUGCAGAUUCCUUAUCAGACAUUCUGACAUCACAGCAAAGCGAUGAGUCUGUGACUCCUGCAACAAAGAAAAUAAUUAUUCCUGCAGCAACUGUGGCAGAUGGGGAGAAAGAGAGCCAACCACUGGAAAACAAAGAUGGCAGUCAAGCUUCCAGCAAGAAGUCUUCAGUUUCUCCAUCAUGCUCAGCGACAUUGGCUGCUCCUCCAUCUGCACCAAAUACAUUGAAAGCUUCUCAGCUGCAACCAAAGGAUAAGGCUGAUGAACCAGAUGUGGAAGGGGAAGCUGAUAUCCAGGUUAGGGAAGCUCACCCCUUAGAGGAUGAUACCCUAGAGAAGAAAAAACAAGCACGAGGUUCAAGUAAGCAAAUGGUGGAAGCAAAGAUGGAUGAAUAUGAAUUUGAGUUUUCAUCUGAUCCAAGCACACACGAGAUGGUCUCUGCAAUGAAGCAAAAAAUAUUUGUCCGGAAGAACACUUUACACAAGAGUCUUGAAAAGGGAAAUGUGAAACUGAACAAACCUGACAGAAGUCUGCCUUCUAACUACAAGAAUCAUCUCUUUUCUGAAAGUAAUCCAGAGACUCUGAGCAAUGGUGUGAGUGAAAAAAGCUGGAUUCUUGAUUCUCAGAAGAACUCAUUGCCCAGAGUGGCAGACUACACUCGGAAAAAGCCAAGGGUCAAAAGCAAGUUAAAAGUAUUGCCGUUGUCUUCUCCAAGCAGUGGCAGUGAUUAUGGUGCAAAGAAAGUAGAAAAUUCAGCAGUGCCUAGGGACAAGGUACAGAGAAGAACAAAGCCAACCUCAGAGAUGCAUCAGCAUACAACCGUUUGUCCAGUUCAUGUUUGUUCAACUCCUUGUUCACAUAUUAGGCAAAAUGGCUUAGAGAUGAUGGAUCCCACUUUCCCAUUAAGCAACAAUUCUUCACCCAGUGCAUCAGAUGUCAGAACGAGCAAGAAAUACGAAGCUGCAUCUAGUACUCUACUCCUGGAAGAUAAAAUCUCCAAAUCUAAGAGGAAAUUUUCAGAGUGGUCAGCUGAUCUCAGUAGAAAGCGCUCAAAACACAUUGAAAGACUGCCCACUAAUGAACUCAGCAUAAUGUUUGAACCAAGAAAACUCUUUACCUCCAUAGAAAUGGCAGAGGAGACACCAAAAGGCCCACAUUUAAAUGAAUUUGAGAAUGAAGUAUUUGCCUCUAAAAUACUUGGAGAAGAAAUUGGUGACCCAGGAGUUAUUGCUGCUUUUGAAAACUUUACAAGCGAAUUGAAGAAAACAUUUUGGUUUAGAUACAAGAGGAUUGAGAUUUACACACAAAAAAUCUUGAAGGCACCUGAACAGAAUAUAUCAGCCUUAUUGAAACAGAUCCAUCAGAGCAGAUUGCAUGAAUUGGAAACCUUCCACAGGAUUGUUGUUAAAGAACUUGCCAAUCUUGAGAAGAGAACAGAGUUUCUCUCAAGCCUUGAGAAGGAUACUGUGGAAUUUUGGACUAAACAAUCCAACAAACUGAACAGUAAACUGAAUGCUUUUUGCAUUCAUCAGAUACAGAGGUUACAGACUAUGGAAACAGUGCUGGAAGACACAAGGGGCCUUGAUGGAACAAUUCACAAUGUAAACAUGUGUGUUAUAAUUCAGUAG